AUGCCUACAGUUAAAGGCAUGGCACACACGAUACCCAGUCAUGUUCUCAGAGUGGGCCAAACCAUUUGCUUGGAACCGUCACAGGAAACAGUCACCUGCCAUGAUGAUCCUGAUCUCGACAUUUCUCUGGAAAAUCUCAAUCAGUUAAUCUUGGAACUGGAUCCCACAUUUGAACCCAUCCAAUGCAGCAAAAGUCCCACAUGUCUCAGCCCCCCUACAGUCCUGCUUUCAUCAGAAAAUGAAGAUUUCUCUGAAGUUGUGCUCAUUCCUAGAGGCUGUUCAACCAUUUCAUCACCCACAGUGGUCCCCUCAGUGUCCCCGAGUAUACCCAUCCCCACACAUAACGGCCUCAGAUGCAGUCCCCAAGGGACGCUGGUUUUCUCCAGCUCCCCAACGUCCUCUCUGCCCCCGCUGCCAUUUGGCAGCGCACCCAGGCGAAACCCCUCACCGAAGAAUGACUUUUGCCAAGGAUCCCUGCGACUGUCACACUCCAACAGAAACAGCACCGCCUCACUCCUCUCAACCUCGACCUGCUCGGACACCAGCUACAUCCUUGGCAGUAACCUCUCCUUAACCGGUGAAGAUGCCGAUUUUCCAGAGUCCUUGCUACCCGGCUCCUUUAGCGACGAUUCCAGGAUGAAGCCAUGUAAUAACAGGCAAAGCCUGGAGAAGCCCUUGAUGACAAAGCGAGGACAUUUACAGGAAGUGAACAGCAGAGGAGCACAGAACGGUCCAGUCUCAGGGUCACUGACCGAUAUUCCUGUACUGUUAGUCAACGGUGCACCUCAACAGGAUCUGCACAGCCCUGAACCACAGAUCGAGUUACUCCAGAGGAACCCUGUGUCAAAACCAACUUAUUCCAGUUCUCAAGCCCGUUUUAACGGCAGCCAGCCAUCGAUGAAAUUUGUCAUGGAUACGUCAAAGUUUUGGUUCCGUCCACACAUCAGCAGAGCAGAAGCUGAAGCUCUGGUAAAAGACAAGGAAGCAGGAACCUUUGUGGUGAGAGACAGCACCUCCUACAGAGGCAGUUUUGGUUUGGCCAUGAAGGUAGAUCAAACGCCCACCAGCUUUACUGCUGCUGCCUAUCCAGGGGAAAGUAGCUCUGAUCUUAUCAGACACUUCCUCAUUGAAUCAUCAGCCAAAGGCGUGCGCAUUAAAGGCUCUUCUCAGGAACCCUACUUUGGUAGUCUCUCUGCCCUGGUGUACCAGCACACCAUUUCUGCAUACGCCUUACCCUGCAGAUUACGCCUCUACUGCCACGACCUGAGAUCAGCAGAGGAGAGAGCAAAAGAGAAAGCACCUUCAGAGGACGACAACAAAAUAGCCUCCAACUUUGUCUACCUGAACGCCAUCCCCACUGAGAUGCUGACGGGCCCCUGUGCGGUGCAAAGGGCGGUGUCCUCAACACUCGAGAAGGCUCCGGGUUCCUUCACACCAACCAUAGUCAACAUGAAAGUGUCUCUGAAGGGUGUCACUCUCACAGACAUCAACAGGAAGCUCUUCUUCAGGCGCCAUUACCCUGCUCACAUGCUGAGCUAUGGUGGUGAAGAUCCAGACAGUCGAGUGUGGACGAGAGGUUCAAGUUUUGGUGCAAGGUUGUUUGGCUUUGUGGCAAAGGGCAUUGAAGCCGGUAUGGAGAAUGUUUGUCACGUAUUUGCAGAAUAUGACACCCUGCAGCCCUGCAGCGAAGCCAUCAAGGUGAUUCAGGCAGCUGUAUCCAAGCCAUAA